CGUAUCUGUUGAUGUUUGACAUUGCCGGGUAUCUAUAUUCAUUUGUGGUGGACGAGGUAAGUAUCUAUAUCCAUCGUCGAUUAUUGAGGUAGCGGUUGCGCACAAUCUCACGCCAGUUUUUAUGUAUUUAGUUUCGUCAUCUUUAUCUACAACUAGUCGCGCCAUUUUCAUUUAUCCUCUGCUCUAUGUUUGAUCGUAGAAAAGAUUCGUUGCUCCCCGGCCGCGUGGGUCUAAAGAUGUACAACAAGAAUUUCUUCCUUCUGAACCUGCUUGCUGAAACAAUCCUGCUCCUCCAGAAGAACCACCAGGAGGUCACCCCGCCCCUGUUCCAUUUCGUAUCGGCCCGGCAAGAACAGAAGCUGAACCUCUUCGGCCAACCCGUCGAGAAGUGCGGAACGGCUCCGGGACCGGCUUCCACUGGCUACUGCGACGGCGGGGACGCCAGCUCAGAUCCGGGACUGCACCAAAUUUGUGCGAGCAAACUCCCGGGCGACUUCUCUACGAAAACCAACCAGGGCUCCAAUUGGUCGGAAGAACAGAGCGGAAAACACUGGUGCAUCUGCAUCUGGGCGUAUUCGGGAUAUGUCUCGCACAUCGACCCGACUAUCUCACUACAAUGUAGCGGGAUUCCGGAGUCGGCUCUGUCCGAAAAUUACCUCGCGAAUUGGAAGUCGGGGUCUUUGCCGGGGGAAGUGAAAAAGGGCGUCGAAAGCCUGAUGAAAACAUGCCUCGUCCAAGCCUCGGAUGAGGAGCAAAAACAACAUCUGGUCACGCUGUACACGAAAUUGCAACAGCGGGAGUCGCAGCUUGCGAAGCCGCAGGAGCUCGGGGUAGGACUGCAAGGACUACGACUAGCACCGCACGGUGAUGAAGAUGUUGCGGGUAGUACCGGAACAAGAAGUACUAGGGACAUUGCUGUACGACAAGAUGAAGAAGGUGAAAAAGCCCGACAAGCAGUGUCGAAACGGCAGCGGCAGGAAACAGACGAGGAAAAGCAGAUGAAACAAGAGCAGCAGCAGAUGUUGUUGAGCAGUCAAAUGAAUCAGGAACUACCAGACCUCCAGGCUAAAAAAACGGAGCAUCUCGAGCGGCAGAUGCGUGGAGCGCUAGGCGGAGCAUCUUCUACUACAAAGGACGAACUGCAAAAUGAACCUGGACGAGAGGAGGCUCCUUUUUCAUCGGGCGCUGCAGCAAAGAACAUGCAGAUUUACAUCAUCGGAGGGGUGGGCUCUCUAUUGGUGAUCUCCUUCGUGUUUCUUCUCUACAUCAACUGCGCGGGGGGCGUUGCUAGUAUUUCAUCUGGGAGGACGAGCGCUGCUGCUGCUAAUGGUGCUAACGCGACGAGUGGAACGGCUGCUGCGAGAAGUGCUUCGUUUGCUGGUCGUGGCAAUGCCACCUUGCAAGAUGAAGAUGAGGAAGCUUCCUUGCUGCUUGAAAAAGCGAAGAAUGACGCCUCUGGGGGCGCGGUGUAGAUUAACUUCUUGUUGUUGGGCGACUGAUAAAUAUUAGAUGACUUUUACACGACUUCUACCGAGCCCGAGACCCUCAAAGCUGCCCUUUCAUACAUGAUAGCUGAGUGGGGCACAGCCAGCAGUUUACAACUUCUACUUACGACAUCCAUUUUCGCUUGGCUUCCUUCCUUAUCAUGCGUUUCGGUUUCAUCUCGUUUCAUCAUGCUCCUGUACAAAAUUCAAAGCACUUCCACUACGUCGAGAACCUGUAUGGAGACCUGCACGAACCAGAUUUACGAAUUCUGCUUGUACCAAACGAGGAGGGACACCCAAAUCCUAAUUGCUAUGCCGAAAAAAUAAAUUCGUCUUUGUCUUGUUUCCUUCACGACCAGGCUGCUCCU